CAUCAAAUGCAUCUUAUCAAAUGCAUAAGAUAGAAAGCCGCAACCUCCAUGACCAGGUCACCGGGUGGUUCAAAGAGCUUAAUUCUCCUUAACAGGAUUACCUGUCCCAAGCUGGGAUGCCCAGGCAGCAUCUCAGCUUGGGACACUAUUCACAACAAGUACUGGGAACACGCAGUCCACGGCUGUGUUUAUCAUCAUUGUUUACUUCCAUGACAACUUUCAAAUUCAGUAUAUUUAAUUUACAGUAGUCAGACUAUCUACGGGGUGAUGCGUUAAACAUUUAAAUGGUAUAACAUCGAUCAAGUCUAAUGGGGCUGCUGGAUAAACUGUCGGGCUGGCUCGGCCUGAGGAAGAAAGAGGUCAACGUUUUGUGUUUGGGACUGGACAACAGCGGCAAAACCACCAUCAUCAACCAGCUCAAACCGUCGAAUCAUUCGAAUCAUUUAGGCCCAUUGUCACCCGACUGGAAACAUGUUAGUCAGACACAGGCACAAGAAAUAGUCCCAACAAUUGGCUUCAACAUUGAAAAGUUCAAGAGUUCAAGCCUGUCUUUUACAGUCUUUGAUAUGUCUGGGCAGAGCAGAUACAGAAACCUAUGGGAGCAUUACUACAAAGAAAGUCAUGCCAUCAUAUUUGUCAUUGACAGCAGUGACAAACUGAGAAUGGUUGUUGCCAAAGAGGAACUAGAUACUCUUCUCAACCACGAAGAUAUCCACAGCAAAAAGCUGCCUGUAUUGUUCUUUGCUAACAAGAUGGAUCUGCGGGAUGCCGUGUCUUCUGUCAAGGUCUCCCAGAUGUUGUCUUUAGAGAACAUCAAAGACAAACCCUGGAACAUCUGUGCCAGCAAUGCUAUUAAAGGAGAGGGCCUACAGGAAGGGCUGGACUGGCUACAAGGUAAAGUUCAGUAACUUAAAUUAAAUUGUCAUACUUGGCCAGAAGAAAUUAAAGGCGGUGUUAAAUUGUGCUAAGAUGUUAAUGUCAUCGUGUCAAGUGCUGUCUGUAUUAAGACAUGUCUUUUUUUUCAUACCCGUAGAACAAAUUGCACAGUAAGUAUCAUCAUGUAAAGUCAUUGUGGUGGUAGAUUGUAUCUCAGCAUCUCUCUGGAUGGGAUUUAAGUCACGGUAGGCCAAGUGAGCAUUACCCAAACAACAGGUUUUUGAUUGACUGUAAAUAACACUAAAGAGAAAAAUCAUGUACUAUUGAAAUUACUCAACGACAGAAAUAAAUCCCAUCCAACUGUAUGGUCUGUGAAACGUUUAGUUUUGAUCCCCCUUGUCCAAUUUGAACGUAUGUGCUGUGUACAUUUCCUGAUCUGAGCCAUCGAACACUCUCCAAAACCGUCGUAUUUUAGCAAAAAAAAUGCUACAAAUAAGCUUUGAAGUCUUGAAAAGUAAAUCUUCGUAUUAAUUCCAUGGUUUUCAGUUUGCACCCAAAUCCUCCAAAUCCGUCACAUACAAAGAAAGCACAACCAGAUUUAAUUUCUAAAAAAUAUCUAUUUUUGUUUGUUUCUCCUGCCAGAUCAUAUCAAAACAAUGAGCUUGUGAAUGAUUGAAAUGCCUGUGACCGUUGACGCGAUGUGGAUGUGGAAACCGGAUCUAAUUUACCACUUGGAGUUCUCAUCACACUUGAUGUUGUAGGCCUUAAACAACAACGUCAAAUAGUCUGGUACCACCUGUGCACGCUACAACUUUGACACCAUGUUUUUAUGAAACAACAGAAUAUAAUAUUGUAAUUGGUAUAUGACUACUCUCUAAUGUGAAUAUUUAAAGCGCCCACAGAUAGUAAGUUACCUAUGUUAUUCAUAAAUAUCCUUGAUGUUGUUUCUGUAUAAAGCAACAUUCAAACAUUUUAUAUUUCAUUCCAUGAUCAACUGAGCUGUUUUUGUGCUGAAUAUUGUACCAC